AUGAUAAAACAGUGGCCUAUCUCUGCUAGGGAUGAGGUUACUCUUCGGGCUCUUGAAGUGCCUUAUGUUGAUAGAACAAGGGCUAUUCCGAAACUGGUUUAUUGGAGGAAACCGGCUGAAGGGUGGAUUAAAUUGAAUGUAGAUGGAUGUUGCCGCGGCAACCCGGGCAGUUGUGGGGGAGGAGGUGUCAUUCGAGAUGUGCGAGGUAUUUUCAAAGGGGCUUUCUCUUCUUCUUUCGGGCAUGGCACAAAUAAUGAGGCUGAAUUGAGGGCGUUACUAGCUGGGAAUAGCGCAGCGGAUUUCCUCGCUAGACGGGGCGAGGAGGGUAAUAAUAAUACUUUUUUGGAUUUUAAUUCUUUGCCUCGUAAGUUGAAAGGCCUUCUUCGGUUGGAUAAGGCGGGUUUGCCUCAGUUUAGACGAUACCCUGCUUGUUACCACGGUUUUCCUCCGCCACAAGUGAGGCCUAUUAAUAAAAUUGGGAGGAAGUCACUCAUGGACAGACACGUCGCCGUCGAUCUACCCGAUCCCGUCGCCUCCUUGUUCUGCCGUCUCUUUCAUUCUCGUCGCGAAGGAGAUAGUGUCAUCGUCACCGGCGAGCUUCCAUUUCGUCGUCGUAAAACAGAAAUAAACUUGAGAAGGUUGCUUUCGGCUGCACCUCACCAACAAAAUCAGGCAAAACUUAUACAUUAUGUUGCUACUCUGCGUGAACAGUUAGAACAGCUGGCGGAAGAGAGAACACCAGAAGGCUUACCAAGAGUUUCAAAGGCUCAGGUGAAUGAUUAUUCAGAAAAAAUUGAAGCCCUUGCUUCCAAAUUAGUUGCUCCAUUGCCUGAUAUUCAAAUCUCUGAAGAUCCUGUUAAAAGUCAUUCUUUUACAGAAAGCCCUACUAAAACAGAUGGAGAAAUUCACACCCCCUCUUCUCCAGGAUUGAGAAGGAGAUUUGUGCCUGCCUCAAAUAUUGGGGAUAGAAGUCAUGAUACUCUUGAAGUUGAUAAUUCAGAACCAGUUAAACUGGAUGCUGCGGCACAAGCGCACAUUGAGAAGCACAGAAAGCUUCAAGAGAACUUAACGGAUGAAAUGGUUGGUUUGGCACGACAACUGAAAGAGAGUAGUCUACUGAUAAGCCAAUCCGUGCAGAGUACUGAAAAAGUGCUUGAUUCAACAGAGAAAGCUAUUGAGCAAAGCCUGGCAAGCACUGGUCAUGCCAAUGUGCGGGCGAUGAAGAUAUACUCAGAGGGUUCUAAGACUACAUGUUUCACAUGGCUUCUGAUGUUUGCAAUGACAUGUAUUUUUAUCAUGGUUGUACUUCUAAUUCGUGUAACCUAAAGUGAUUGAUUAUCUCAUUUCGCUUUCAAAGUUUCGCCCAGUCAAUUUAUGUCAUAUAGUUUUUCAUGUUCUUAGGUAAGUCUUGAGAUGGAUGUUCUUCAUCUUCAGUCUUCACUACUUUUAAUUCUCAAAAUUUUUUAGAGUUUAUUUAAAAGACAGAAAUAACCAUAAAUUCAUAUGAGUAAACUUAAAUUUUCCAAUAAAAAGA